AUGCAGCCCCGGAGAGAGGCGUGGGGAUGGGCCGGGCUCCGUCCGCACAGCCUGCUGUCCGUCUGCCUGUCCGUCUGCGCUGCCCGGUGCCUGUCGGAGGCGGCCCCCACUGUCCCGACGACGCCCCCUGUGGCCGACGAGGGCACAGCACUGGUGGUGAGUCUCCGAAAAGAGGGAGAUGAAGAAACAUUAACCCUGAUGAGCACCCCUCGCUGUUCUCUUCCUGAUGACCAAGGGGAGCCCCAGCCAACCCCUCAAUCUUCCACUUUCUCCCAACAUGCGCAACAGCACCCUCAAAGACAGAGGAGAGACACUGCAGAAUGGACAAAGUCACACAAGAACAUAUCCUGGAGGGUGCGAUCAUACCCUUCCCACUCUUCCCUGUCCCGUGAGAUGAUUCGCUCUCUGCUGUUCUAUGCCCUAAGGGUGUGGGCUGAGCCUACCCCACUGGAGUUCCAUGAGGUGGGUGUGACUGGGGAGGCGGAGCUCCAGGUGGACUUCCUGCAGGGUUCCCAUGGAGACAGCUUCCCAUUUGAUGGGCCAGGGGGAGCAGUUGGCCACGCCUUCUUCCCCUCUGACCCCCAGAGGGCGGGGACAGUGCACCUAGACUCUCAGGAGGACUGGACCUUCAGAGCUUCAGAAUCUCAGGGGACUGACCUGUUCACCGUGGCGGUGCAUGAGUUUGGCCACGCUCUUGGGCUCUCCCAUUCGUCUGCACGCCGGUCAAUCAUGCGGCCAUACUACCAAGGCCCGGUUGGUGACCCACUGCAAUAUCAGUUGAGCCCGGAGGACAGAAGAGAAAUCUUAAGGCUAUAUGGAAAGAGGGAGCAUCUCCUGAGCUCAGAGUCUCCCAGUCUGGUGAUCCCAACAGCCCUGACCCGCCCACCUCUCCAUCGGCACACAGCCAGACCCCCUGGUCCUCUGCCGGAUCGCUGCUCCUCAGAAUUUGAUGCUGUAGCCAGCAUCCGUGGAGAAACGUUCUUCUUCAAAGGGCGCUAUUUCUGGCGAGUGAGUCAGGGGGGGCACCUGCUCUCUCUGCGGCCGGUUCUGCUGCAGAGGUUCUGGAGGGGGCUGCCGGCCAGACUGGAGUCAGUGCGUGCCGUGCUCGAGAGAGCCAGCGACCACAGCAUCAUCUUCAUCGGAGAUUUGCAGUGGGACCCCCAGGCUGGCAGGGUGGUGUGGGGGGAGUGGGAAGAAGCCAUGGGAGACCCCUCCUGGAAAGAGCUAAUCGAGGGAGGUGUCGAUGGAAUUACCACGGACGGAGACGGCUACACCUACGUGUUCAAGGGUCACCUCUAUUGGAGGUUCCCCUCUCCAGGCUCCUACCCUGAGCCUGGCUACCCAAGAUCAACAGCCUAUGAUUGGCUGGACUGUCCGGAUCCUUCCCUGACCCAGCCUUCUAUAGGCCCCUCCUCUCUGGCGCCCCCCAGGGGAAGGCAGGAGUAUCGUGAGUGCCUACGGUCACUUGGCUGUCCCUGCAUUACCAAGUCCAGGGGGAGCACUGUGACUGCCCACCUGGGAUUGUCUUCCCUGGGACUGUUGAUUAUGGCCUUAGUGCCUCUCUGACAGGAAGGCCAUGUUGGAAGACCAUACCUUUCUGAGACACAAAGACCAAAUAGGAAGUCUAUGGCAUUCUGAGACAGGAAGUCCAUGUUGGAUGAUGGUGCCAUUAUGAGACAGGAAGACUGUGUUUGAUGAUUGUGCCAUUCUGAGACAGGAAGACCAUGGUGGGUGUCUGUGCAUUUUCUCAGACAGGAAGAGUGUGCCAUUCUGAGACUGGAAGACUGUGUUUGAGGACUCUGUCAUUCUGAGACUUGAAGACUGCGUUUGAAGAUGGUACUAUAAUGAAAACAGUAAUAUUGAGAGACACAGGCAGGGUUCUGUGGUGUUGCAGGACUGCAUGGCAACAGAGAAAGAGACAGAGUAGUAAACGUUCCAAUACUGUUACGUAAAUCUCAAUAAACUGCAGUGCAACCCAAAUCCAGUGUAAA